UUUCUUACGUACCAUUUAUUUCUCUAGUUUUUCGCAAUCAAAAUAAUCAAAUAUUAAUUUUCGAUAGCGGGUGUAGAUGUGCAAAGUUUGAUCCGCCGAUAACCCGUCAUACAUCGCUUGCUGUACGGUUUCCUGACUUUCUUCAUUCAGUUUGUUACGAGCAUUCGUGCCAAGCGGUCAGUCCCACUUUAGUACGAAGUUAGCUAGUCCAGUCAAUCACACAACAUGUCUCUCCAAGAGCAAUUCGACAAGGCUGCCGCCGAUGUCAAGAACCUCAAGUCGCUGCCCAGCGACAACGACCUGCUGGAGCUGUACGCUCUCUUCAAACAGGCCACCGUUGGUGACGCCGACCCUGCCAAUAAGCCCGGUAUGCUAGACCUGAAAGGCAAGGCGAAGUACGCCGCGUGGGAGAAGAAGAAGGGGACUUCCAAGGAGGACGCCCAGAAGGCCUACAUCGCGAAGGCAGAGAGCCUCAUCGCGUCCAUCGGCCUCCAGUAGACGACUCAGUACAGACCGCUCGUAAAGAACUCCUCCUACCCCAUUGGCCACUCUUCCUAACGUCGAUACCAUUAGCCAAUCGCGUUACUUCAUGACGUGAUCAGGAGACGAUGUGAUAGGUUGAUAAGUUGUCGACGUAUCUCGACCAAUGGGUAGUCUUUCUUUACAGCACGUUUAUUUCAACAGUGUAGUUUGUUUGACUUAACAUAAAUUGUUUUAGACAAUUUACAUUACGUACAACAAAUACACUGAUUUGUUUUUUAAUGAGCGGAUUGCGUACAAAUACAAAUAUGUGAUAGGGUUGUGAAGACUAUAUUUAUUAUCUAUGCACUGUGAACAGUUUAUGUCACUGUCAAAAUAAUUAUGGCCGUCCGUCUCAUUAAAAAAAUCUAGUAUUUAUUUUUCGGUAUAGGCUGUUAGGUUAUAUACAGGUGUAAAACAUCACAUAAUAAUGUAAGAAUAAGUUUUUAUUCCUUUUUUUCUACACAAAUCUGGUGCUCCAAAAUCAAGCUUAUUUAUUGUUUUUCGAUGUUGCAUUUUUUGUUUAAAAAUAUUUUGUAUUAUACUGAUUAAACCAGUUGGGUACUGUCA